AAUUCAGACAAAGUCCCAAGCUAAGAAAAGAGACUCUCUUUGUUUUGUCUGGCAGAAUAUUUUCCAUUCUUGUUCUGUUUUCUUUUCAUUUUUCUUCUUAAUCCUAAAACCAAACAUGAACAGAGAGCAAAUUCAUAUUUUGUUCUUCCCCUUCAUGGCUCAUGGCCACAUGAUUCCACUCUUAGACAUGGCCAAGCUUUUCGCUAGAAGAGGAGCCAAAUCAACUCUCCUCACAACCCCAAUAAAUGCUAAGAUCUUGGAGAAACCCAUUGAAGCAUUCAAAGUUCAAAAUCCUGAUCUCGAAAUCGGAAUCAAGAUCCUCAAUUUCCCUUGUGUAGAGCUUGGAUUGCCAGAAGGAUGCGAGAACCGUGACUUCAUUAACUCAUACCAAAAAUCUGACUCAUUUGACUUGUUCUUGAAGUUUCUUUUCUCUACCAAGUAUAUGAAACAGCAGUUGGAGAGUUUCAUUGAAACAACCAAACCGAGUGCUCUUGUAGCCGAUAUGUUCUUCCCUUGGGCAACAGAAUCCGCGGAGAAGAUCGGUGUUCCAAGACUUGUGUUCCACGGCACAUCAUCCUUUGCCUUGUGUUGUUCGUAUAACAUGAGGAUUCAUAAGCCACACAAGAAAGUCGCUUCGAGUUCUACUCCAUUUGUAAUCCCUGGUCUCCCUGGAGACAUAGUUAUUACAGAAGACCAAGCCAAUGUCACCAACGAAGAAACUCCAUUCGGAAAGUUUUGGAAAGAAGUCAGGGAAUCAGAGACCAGUAGCUUUGGUGUUUUGGUGAAUAGCUUCUACGAGCUGGAAUCAUCUUAUGCUGAUUUUUACCGUAGUUUUGUGGCGAAAAAAGCGUGGCAUAUAGGUCCACUUUCACUAUCCAACAGAGGGAUUGCAGAGAAAGCCGGAAGAGGGAAAAAGGCAAACAUUGAUGAGCAAGAAUGCCUCAAAUGGCUUGACUCUAAGACACCUGGCUCAGUAGUUUACUUGUCCUUUGGUAGCGGAACCGGCUUACCCAACGAACAGCUGUUAGAGAUUGCUUUCGGCCUUGAAGGCUCUGGACAAAAUUUCAUUUGGGUGGUUAGCAAAAAUGAAAACCAAGUUGGGACAGGUGAAAAUGAAGAUUGGUUGCCUAAAGGGUUUGAAGAGAGGAAUAAAGGAAAAGGGCUGAUAAUACGCGGAUGGGCCCCGCAAGUGCUGAUACUUGACCACAAAGCAAUCGGAGGAUUUGUGACGCAUUGCGGAUGGAACUCGACUUUGGAGGGCAUUGCCGCAGGGCUGCCUAUGGUGACUUGGCCGAUGGGGGCAGAACAGUUCUACAACGAGAAGUUAUUGACAAAAGUGUUGAGAAUAGGAGUGAACGUUGGAGCUACCGAGUUGGUGAAAAAAGGAAAGUUGAUUAGUAGAGCACAAGUGGAGAAGGCAGUAAGGGAAGUGAUUGGUGGUGAGAAGGCAGAGGAAAGGCGGCUAAGGGCUAAGGAGCUGGGCGAGAUGGCUAAAGCCGCUGUGGAAGAAGGAGGGUCUUCUUAUAAUGAUGUGAACAAGUUUAUGGAAGAGCUGAAUGGUAGAAAGUAGAAAGAUAGAGCAUGUUUAAUGUUGUGAGAUGGAUUGUUAACUUUUCUUAAUCUUUGAUGUUCGUGGUGUGUUCUUAUAUAAUUAAUAAAGAUCUAAUAAGCC